UCUCAGCGACAGGACGUCCGUGUCAUACGCGCCUGCGCAGUGGCACCGAGCUUUGUUAUUUGAUGUCAUUAUGGCGCUUAGCAAAACGUUUGGACAAAAACCGGUCAAAUUUCAGCUCGAAGAGGAUGGAGACUUUUACAUGAUCGGAUCGGAGGUGGGAAACUACCUCCGUAUGUUCAGAGGCUCCCUGUAUAAAAGAUACCCGUCAUUAUGGAGGAAACUGGCAUCAGUAGAAGAACGGAAGAAAAUAGUGGAGUCCUCACACGAUCAUGGUUACACUCAGCUGGCCACCAGUGUGACCCUGCUCAAGGCCUCAGAGGUCGAGGAGAUCCUUGAAGGAAACGAUGAGAAGUACAAAGCCGUCUCCAUCAGCACUGAGCCCCCCGCCUACCUCAGGGAACAGAAGGCGAAGAGGAACAGUCAGUGGGUUCCCACGCUGCCCAACAGUUCUCACCACCUGGACGCGGUUCCCUGCUCCACCACCAUCAACCGCAGCCGACUGGGCCGCGACAAGAAGAGGACCUUCCCCCUGUGCUUUGACGACCAUGAUCCAGCCGUGAUCCACGAGAACGCCACUCAGUCUGAAGUCCUGGUUCCAAUCCGUCUGGACAUGGAGAUCGAGGGACAGAAGCUCAGGGAUGCCUUCACAUGGAAUAUGAACGAGAAGCUCAUGACGCCCGAGAUGUUCGCUGAGAUCCUGUGCGACGACCUGGACCUCAAUCCGCUGGCCUUUGUCCCCGCCAUCGCCUCCGCCAUCCGACAGCAGAUCGAGUCUUAUCCGACUGACAGCAUCCUGGAGGACCAGACGGACCAGAGGGUCAUCAUCAAGUUGAACAUCCAUGUGGGCAACAUCUCUCUGGUGGACCAGUUUGAGUGGGACAUGUCCGAGAGGGAGAACUCCCCGGAGAAGUUUGCUCUGAAGCUGUGCUCCGAGCUUGGCCUGGGCGGGGAGUUUGUCACCACCAUCGCCUACAGCAUCCGCGGUCAGCUGAGCUGGCACCAGAGGACGUACGCCUUCAGCGAGAACCCCCUACCUACAGUGGAGAUAGCCAUCAGAAACACAGGCGAUGCUGACCAGUGGUGCCCCCUGCUGGAGACCCUCACAGAUGCAGAGAUGGAGAAGAAGAUCAGAGACCAGGACAGGAACACAAGGCGAAUGAGGCGACUGGCGAACACGGCGCCUGCGUGGUAGACGCAGCAGCAGCAGCAGCAGCGCCCCCUACAGGAACGGUGCCCUUUCUGAUUGAGGUAUGACGCUGUCACGGUUCACAACAUCCAAGCAUCAAAGAUGUUCCUCCAUCCCGCGCCGGAUGUCUUUUCUGCUCGACCGGGUCCCCAGUCCGCCGUUCACCGUGUUGCUUUUUAUUUUUGUUAUUAAUAUUAAUAUGAUGUUCUGUUUGGCAAAGCCCCCGGUAGAAAGUGUCCCUCCCUCAUGUUUCCCUUACGACCCUCAGCGUGAAGAAGCUGCUCUCUCAUGAUGACCACUGACUCUCUUUCCCCGACCACAGAGGGAGAAAAAAGAAAAAAAUCACACAGCCAGUCUCAGAUAAUAUAUUGUUAUGUUGUAUUUGUUGUCUUUUUGUACAUUUUAAUAAUUCUUACAAAAUAAAAUAAAAGUGAAAACUUGA